UGUUCCUGCAGGAUGUCUAUGAAGUGGAUUCCAGUUCUGCUGCUAUUACAGCUGAGUUGUCAGUUCAGCCCUGGGCGUUGUGGAAAGGUGCUCGUGUGGCCCACAGAAUACAGCCAUUGGAUCAAUAUGAAGAUAAUCCUGGAAGAACUGGUCCAGAGAGGUCAUGAAGUGAUUGUCCUGACAGCUACAGCUUCGAUUCUUGUUGAUCCCAAUAAACCAUCUGCUUUUAAAUUUGAGAUUUAUCCCUCAUCCUUAACAAAAGAUGAGUUUGAGAAUCUUUUCAUGAACAUGGUCUCUAAAUGGACACAUCAGCCUAAAGAUACAUUUUGGACUUACUUUUCACUAAUGCAAGAAAUCGUUUUGGAAUAUACUGAUUCUAUGCAAAAGCUCUGUAAAGAUGCAGUUUUGAACAAGAAACUUAUGACAAAACUACAAGAAACAAGGUUUGAUGUCCUUCUUGCAGAUGCCAUUGGACUUUGUGGUGAGCUGCUGGCUGAGAUACUUAAAAUACCUCUUGUGUACAGUCUCCGCUUUUCUCCUGGCUAUAAAAUAGAAAGAUAUAGUGGAGGACUUCCACUCCCUCCAUCCUACGUACCUGUUAUCUUCUCAGAAUUAAGUGAUCAAAUGACGUUCAUGGAGAGGGUAAAAAAUAUGUUGUAUGCGCUUUAUUUUGACUUCUGGUUCCAAACAUUCAAUCAAAAGAAGUGGGAUCAGUUUUACACUGACACACUAGGUAGACCCUCAACAGUAUCUGAGUUAAUGGAGAAAGCUGAAAUGUGGCUCAUUCGAACCUAUUGGGAUUUUGAAUUUCCUCACCCAAUCUUACCACAUUUUGAUUUUAUUGGAGGAUUCCACUGCAAGCCUGCCAAACCCCUGCCUAAGGAAAUGGAAGAGUUUACCCAGAGCUCUGGAAAAAAUGGUAUUGUCGUGUUUACUCUUGGGUCAGCUGUCAGUAACAUCUCAGAAGAAAGAGCCAAUGUGAUUGCAUCAGCCCUUGCCCAGAUUCCACAAAAGGUUAUAUGGAGAUAUGAUGGCAAUAAACCAGAUACCUUAGGACCAAAUACUCGGCUCUAUAAGUGGAUCCCCCAGAACGACCUACUUGGUCAUCCAAAAACCAAAGCCUUUAUAACUCAUGGUGGAACCAAUGGAAUCUAUGAGGCCAUUUACCACGGAAUCCCUAUGGUGGGCAUCCCUUUGUUUGUGGAUCAACCUGAUAAUAUCGCUCGCAUGAAGAUCAAGGGAGCAGCUGUCAGACUGGACUUCAGCACAAUGUCUAGUGCAGACUUGCUCAAUGCAUUGAAAACAGUCAUUAAUGACCCUUCAUAUAAGGAGAAUGCUAUGAAAUUAUCCAGAAUUCAACAUGAGCAGCCAGUGAAGCCUCUGGAUCGAGCAGUCUUCUGGAUUGAGUUUGUCAUGCGCCACAAAAGAGCCACACACCUGCGGCCGGCCUCCUAUGACCUCAACUGGUUCCAGUACCACUCUUUGGAUGUGAUUGGGUUCCUGCUGGCCUGUGUGGCAACUGCAGCUCUUGUAGUCACAAAAUGUUGUCUGUUUUGUUGCCGCAAGUUUGCCAAAACAGGAAAGGGGAAAAGGGACUAGCUGUUUCUGAGGCCUGAAGCUGAUAUGCCACAUAGAUGGGAUUCCUCCAGUUUAUUCCAGCAAGAAGUUGUGAUGUAAGGAUCCUUUCUCCCUGUAACAAAAUGACUUCUCUCAGUUUAGCUUUUUAGAUCAGUAUUUGUUUUCAAGUGAUUUACUACCUGUUUGCACCAUAAAUAUUUCAUUUCAAAGGGAAAAAACUUGGAAAAAUUAAAAAUAAAAAACUGUAUGGGUUUAUAUUGAACUUUACUGCUUUGAUGCACAAAAAAUAAAGUUACUGAGUUUAACGGUGUUUCACAAUAUUGUGCAUAAACACAAAAAACAUUAAGAAGUGUACUCAUAGUAUCCAUAUUAUUUUUCAGACAAUCAGAAUAUUUUAAGUUCAUUUUGGUGCAGAAUUUUGUAGCUUUUAUUUUUGUUAAGGGACCUCAAUCACUGGAAUUCUGUAAAAAGAUUCACCCUUCCAUUUCAUUUUGGAAGACAACAAUGCUCCUUAACAUUUACUGUGCAUCCAGCUUCAGCACUGUUUCUUACCUAAAGACAUGGCAAGUUGUUUG